UCCGAAAAGCGUCGGUUGAAGCGCAUAGCAGAGCGACAUGCGAACACGAUAUGUUUUGUCUGUCGAGAGAACGGACAUGCCGCUGUUAUGUGUCCGAACAAAGCGAAAACCGAUUCAGAGGAAGCAGCAGUAGGUGCGAAGAAGGGACAGGACAUAGUAGGGAUAUGCUACAGAUGUGGCUCCAAGAAGCAUACACUUUCACGAUGUCGAAAAACAGAAAAUCCAGCGAAACCUAUGCCCUUUGCUUCCUGCUUUGUAUGCUCAGGAAAAGGUCACCUCGCAUCCUCAUGUCCCGAAAACAAGAUCAAGGGCGUCUACCCAAACGGUGGUUGCUGCAAGCUCUGUGGUCAAACAGACCAUCUCGCGAAGAACUGUGGGCUUAGGAAACCUGGUGCGCUAUCAUCUUUCCUUUUGGACAGGCAGCCCUUCUCACUUCACACCUCUUCUCUUCCUAGAAACGACCGCUGUCGGUGUCAUGCUGGGCGUCGGUCAUGA